UGGCCUAGUGAGCGUUACGUCACAAAUUACGCGACACGCAGUGUCCUCUAAACAGCGCGAAAAUGAUUUAGGUCCACCCUAUGCGAUGAGCAGCUCUAACCGGGUCGUUGCCGUGAUACCGGCGGCUGCCGGCUGGGAAUUCUCCGGCAAUGAUCAAGAGAAGGAGCUGGAAUUCAGGUCUGGCGGCAAAGAAACUCCCAAUAACCGCGUGAGGGAGGUGCGAGUCACCGGCACCGCUGAGGUUUCCUGCCCGGCGGACAGAGCGUCUGUGCGGGUCAAUGUGAGCAACAGCAAGGAGUCCGUCAACGAGGUGGCCAACAGCGUCUCCCGGCGACUCGAAUACAUUUUACAGGCUCUCAGACAGCACGGCAUUCGGGAUGAAGACACCUCAGUGAGGAGGUUCCUCCAGCGAGAUGCUGACGUGUAUCGCAUGGACGCAGAGAUUUUAGCCACUUUCUCUGAUUUUGAGAAGAUGGAGCAAAUACGCAGCAUCCUCCUGGAGAAGCUGGACCGGAGCGUUUGUGUGGGAACGCCUCAGUUUUUCCACAGUCCCGAGAGCCUGAGCGGGACGAGGCGGCGUGCGUGCGUGUCGGCCGUUGAAAACGCUCAACAGAAGGCCAGAGAAGUGGGUCAGCUGUUAGGGCAGAGUCUGGGACCCCCCCUUCUGGUGAAAGAGGAGGAGGCCAAGGAGUGGAGGAACGAGGAGGAGGAAGGUGGAGGCAGCGGCGGCGGCGAACAGGGUCCGCCGCCUCUUCCUCGUUUGCCCCACAUCCCGACCGUGACGGCUCACGCCACGGUGUCCGCCUCCUUCAGCUUCAGGGACAAAAGCAGGAAGAAAGUGUGAAACUGAACUUUGUAAAACGCUUUAUUGCAUCGUCACAGUAGUGCAAAUGUUCAGCGUUGGCAUUUAGACCAACAGUUUUCUAAAGACGUCCUUUUAAAAAGGAGAUUUCAGGCAUUUAUAAGCUACACUUAAAAAAAACAAACUUUAAAUUCCAGUCAAACCAUGAAUUUGUCCUUUAUUUUAUAUUGAAACACUGAUUUUUUUUUGUGUGCAAUAUUUCCCUCUUUAACACCAUUAUUACUGCCUUUUAAGGCUAAAUUAAAACCAUUUUUUUCCCUGAA